UCCCAUCAAGCCACAUGAUUCAGUGGGCUGGGCCUGCCCCUCCCCCGCCCCUCUGGGAGUGGAUGUUCAGGCGCCAUCUUGUCCUGCUGGGGAAGUGGGGAUGGAGCCUUUGCUACCUCAGGAGCAGGGCUGUUCCCCCUUUUCUGCUGCAGCUGGGCCUGGGGACAAGGACAGCCCCAGCCCUUGCCCAGAGCUUCUAGACGAGAGCCAGAGUGACCUAGUCAUCCUCCACUUCAAUGAUGUGUAUGAGGUGGAGUCCAGGAAGGAGGAGCCGGUAGGCGGUGCGGCCAGAUUUGCUACAGCUAUAAAAAAAUUCAGUUCCCUGAAUCCACUUAUAAUAUUUAGUGGAGAUUGCUUAAAUCCAUCAGCUUUAAGUUCUAUAACAAAAGGAAAACAUAUGAUUCCUAUAUUAAACGAAGUAGGAGUACACUUUGCAGUCUUUGGAAACCAUGAAUUUGAUUUUGGUGUUGAUGUUCUGGAAGAUUAUAUACAACAAAUGAAAUUUCCAUGGUUCCUCAGCAACGUAUAUGACAAAUUUACCUCUAACCCACUAGGCCAUGGCACAAUAAAAAAAGUAAUUAAAUGGAAUAAUAUGAAAAUUGGUUUAAUGGGAUUAGUUGAAGAAGACUGGCUGGAUACUUUGGCUACCAUUGACAAAUCAAACCUCAACUACAUAGAUUAUGUCAAAACAGCUUAUCAAAUAUCAGCAGACCUUAAAGCAGAGGGAGCAGAAUUUAUAAUUGCUAUGACACACAUGAAAUGGAUUAAUGACAUCAGACUUGCAGAGAACAGCCAAGGAAUAGAUCUGAUUCUGGGGGGCCAUGACCAUGAUUAUGGAAUAAAAAAGAUAAAUGGAACUUGGAUUGUCAAAAGUGGAUCAGAUUUCAGGAAUUUCUCAAAAAUAAAUAUAAGAAAGUUCAGGGCAUCAUUUCAGUAUACAUUUCAGAGAAUUGACAUCUUGAGGAAUCUAGAAGAAGAUUCUUUUAUCAAAUCAGUGGUGGAUGAUUAUUCUCAAAACCUGCAGCCUCUUUUAGAGGAAGUUCUUUGUCCAAUCGACACAGAAUUAGAUGGCCGUGUUUCUACUGUAAGAAGAGCAGAGAGCAACCUUGGAAACCUGAUAACUAAUGCAAUGCUAGAAGCUACUCAUGCUGAUGUAGCAUUACUUAAUUCAGGUACACUUCGUUCAAACUAUAUUCAUCCUCCAGGAGAUUUUACAAUGCAUGAUCUUUUAACUAUCCUUCCCAUUGUGGACCCAAUUCUAGUAGUCAAAAUUACAGGAGGACAAUUGUUGGAAGCCCUUGAAAAUGGAGUCUACAGGUAUCCAGCUCUCGAUGGAAGGUUUCCUCAAGUAGCAGGAAUGGAAUUUGGAUUUGAUCCAAAUGCAGAACCAGGGCAUCGUAUUAUAAGAGACUCUGUAAAGAUUCAAGGACAAUAUCUCAAGAAAAGCAAAGUCUAUCGACUUGCCAUUAAGGAGUAUUUAGCUAAUGGAAAGGAUGGCUAUGUAAUGUUUCAGAAUUGUCCUAGAAUGUUUGAUACAGAAACUGCACAGACACUUUCAACAGUCGUUGUUAAUCACUUUGAAUCUAUCAAGAUUGUUCAUGGCAUCAAGAAGUGCAUCUCAGGACACCGAAUGAGUUUAAUUACCAAGUCCAAAUCAGCAUCAUUAACAGCCUUUGAAACAAGAACGGAUAAAAGCACAUCAGUAGUUGCAGUGCCUGGCAUAGAAGGAAGAAUCUGUCACAUUUCCAAGGAAAUGAAGGAACACUUGCGACAACUAAGAAUAGCAAAGAAAGAAGGGCUAAACACAUUUCCCCCACUUAGCAAAGACUGUGAGAAUUCUAACUCUGACUGAAAGUGAUAUCACCAUUAAAACAGUACCUAAAACUAUAUUAUCUGCUACUUCAGUUGUUAUGUGUUUUCUGCAUAUUUAUUAGAAUCAGUUAGCUCUUUCUUUCUAUUGUAUUCAAAAAUUCCAUAAAUUUUAGUGUUUGUUCAUUUGAAAUAAUUUUAAAUAGUUCUUGUAUUCAUCAAAUAUCUCUCUCAGAAAAAUGUAAUGCAACCAUUUUCUUGUAUUUAAAAUAAUAGUUCAUUCUGGAAAUAACUUUGCCUUUGUUAAACGGAUGUUUUUCAUAAUAUUGCCAUUUCACACAUAGCUAUACUUUUAACUAUAAUGUGCCUACUGAUAGCUUAUAGUGCAUCUAUAGAAAAUAUGCAGUAUUAAAUCUGAGAGGCAUUUGUCUACUGGCAUGAGCCUAAUUAAUGCAUUCACAGAGAAAAUGCUUCCAGUAUAUCAGAGUAAAACCAAGACUAUAGUAAUGAUCAAAGAAUCAUAAUAGACUCUGCUUGGCUAACUGUUAUAUGGCCAGUAAAAUGCCACAAAACGGGAAAGUGUCAUGUCAAAUAUUUAUUUUUCUCUGUUUGAUCAUCACUUAAAAACCAAUAGAAAAGUACCAGUGUAUCCUCCUUAAUGUACUGAGGUUUGUAUUGUCUGAUAUUUUACUGUGAUUAUGCAUGCUACCUCUGUAAAGCCUAUGAAACAAAUAAAAAGUUAUAGCAAGAGGUGAUAAACAUAUUGUGAUGUUUC